AUGUUGUCCCUUCCCGAUGAUAUCCUUCUCCAGGUUGGGAACUUCGUAGAAGACCAUUGGGAUAGAUACAAGUUGAUUUUUGUCUGUCAGCGUUUUCAUAGCUUGUACUUACGCGCACUUUAUAGAUCAGCAUCUUUGAAGAGCUGCUCCCAGACCCAGACGUUCCUCAACGCCCUUAUUCUUCGACCCGAGCUGGCCCGGGCCGUGCGAUGUCUGGAUUUCGAGAACUGGCAACCCAAAUUACCAUCCCAUGCUUGUUCGAUCAAGGAAAACCUCACGCCAACUAGCGAUUGGGUUCGUUCACUGUGCAAUUCGGAGGAUGAACAUGCACAAUGGGAGCAGGAUCUCCUUAGCGGCGAGGAGGAGGCCUGGAUCGCGCUUCUCUUACCUUUGGUCAACAAUAUUCGACAGCUUCGCCUUGUAUACCCAAGAAAUAAUCGCUACCUGGACCGCACAUUACAGAGAGUCGUGGCAGGGGAGAAGCGUUGCUAUGAACAACCCGCAUUCCACGCCCUACGGGAGGUGCAUUUGAGCCACCUGGUGGAUGAUGAGGACACCAAGGGCAGCUUUGUCCCUGCUCAAAUCAUGCCUUUCUUUCAACUGCCUUCUGUACGAAUAUUCUCUGCAGAUUCCGUCGUUGAAUCCCGCCCUACGCAGGAAGAUGGGCAGAGGCAUGCACAGGCACCCGAGGUAACGGCUACAGCCUGCUCGUCUAUUUCAGAGAUUACAUUUAACUCGAGCAGCGGAGCCCAAGGAAUGGAGACACUGCUUGCUUCCGGCUCACCAUUGAAAUCAUUCAAAUACCAACACUCUGACGCCCACGUCCAAUCCGAGGGGUACCGGCCGUCCUCAUUUCGCCAAUCUCUAGCGCGAAGCCGGGCUACCUUGCAGACCCUGUGGCUGGACACCUGCGGCGAACACCUGCCAUUCACUAUUGCCGGGAUAAAUGAAACACACGACGAAUGGUUCGGACCACUGGUGGAUUUCACCGCAUUGAAAGAGUUACGCAUUCGUCUCCCGAACCUCCUGGAUGUGCGAUAUCAACCCGAGCCCUCGUCGCCGCUGACUGAGAUCCUCCCGCGAUCGGUUGAAUCGAUUUACGUGGAAGGGUGCAAAGAGAAUUCGCUAGGUAUUCUCAUCCAGCAGCUCCAACAACUAGUCCUCAGCGAGCACAAACAGAGGCGUUUCCCCGGCUUGCAGAGGCUAGAUAUUGAGGGAUUCUUCCACGACGACGACGACGACGACGACGAAGGUGCCUCCGGACCCGCGGGCUCGGGCGAGAAGCACGAGAAAGUCAUCAAGCCCCGUGUAUAUGCCAUGGUGGAGCCUUUGCAACAGGUCUGCAGUGAUCUUGGGAUUCGCCUCUUCCUGCGCGACCGAGUGUGUUUGCAGACGAUGUUUGGUGGGUGAGAAGAUGAGAUGACAUCCCCUGUAGUUCGUUCCAGCGUGUUUUUUUCUUUUCCUCUUUGGCGAUUCCGUAUGUUUUUUUUUUCACACAUUAUUAGACCGUGUAUCUAGAC